CCCAGCUGUUUCCUCACCCAUCCACCUCCCAUAAUUCCACCCAGUGAUUGCUCACCUAUCUCCAAUUUCUUCGCUCCGUCAUUCCGAUAAUUAAUCUGUGCGCGGCCGCGACCUCGUGUUUUCCCAAAAAAAAAAAUCGAACAAAUGCGUUCGCAUAAGAACAAAAUCGCCCGCAGUCGGUACUAUCGCGACGAAUCCGGGAUUAAUUGAAUACCUUAAUGACGGGAAUUAAUAUUUUUAUCGAUUGCCUAUCGUACCACCGGCUGAAUGGAAAACAUACUGUGAAAAAUUAUGACAACUCAACGAUGUGCACCUGGUGCGAUAAAAAUUACUGCCGAUAACGCGCUAUCUCGGCGAUUUCCAGUGUCUGUCCUCGGUAUGAAAUUGUUAGUGUCGUGCGAUACCUCGCGAGUGUCAUUACAUCUGAAGUGCAACGCUGGCUUCUCGCCAUAAAAUUUUUUUUUUUGGGGAAGAAAUGACAGGAUAAAUUGACAUCCGGAGGUGAAGUGGAACUGAGUGCGGUCGUAAAUUAUUGAAUUGUGGGGGAAAAAAGUGAUAGCCAUUUUGUUCGGUGUACCGCGGGUUUACGUAAUUGUGGGAAAAUGUAAUUGAAAAGUAAUUAAUCCGGACGAAGUGCUUAGUGGAGAAUUCAUUGGGAUUCAUUGCAAAUUUCCAUUUGGAUGGCGUUCAAGCUGGUGACACUUUCCGUGGUGAUUAAUUAUGGAAAUUAUGCGAAUUGGGGGGGCUAAUUGGGAGAGAAAUUUUUUGUAAAAAUUGGAGUGUAAAAAAGGGAAAAAUCAAUUCUCUGAUUGUGGAAAUAUCUGGGGCUGUUGAGGGAGAAUUUUUGGUGAAAUCCUGAGCGAUUUGGUCGGAGAAACGUUUUUUUAUCUGUGAAAAGUAUUAAAAUUGAAAUAAAAUUGUAAUAAUAAUUUUUUAAUUUGAAAUUUUUUGGGAAACCAAAACAAAAAAAAUUUCCAUUUAACCCCAUAAAAUUUCCAGUACCACUGGAAUUUUUUUUUUGUCCCUUUGCGAUUCUUUUUCCGUACCAUCACGAGAAUUUUUCUGAGUAAUUUCUCGCCGACUUGUGGAAUUUGAACUGAUGUAUUUGGAGUGGGGGAAGCACGCGGACAAUUAAACAUCUGGGUAAAUAACCGACACGUGGAUUUAUUCGAGAAUUUGUGCUGUGUGGACACAGUGUCGGAUCGAAAAAAAAAAAUUGAGAGCAGUGAAAUCGCAUCAGCGAAUAUUUCGUCAUCCGGGAAAAAUGACGCUGAACCGGGAUGCGAAGAAGAAGAAAUCCGAGGGGAAAUUCAACGUGAGGAAUUCACUGGAGGGACGAAGGCCCCAAAAAAUUGUUAAUCCCGGAGAAAUUGCUUUCUCGAGACUGGAACAGACGACUGACAAUUCACAACUGGAGAGAAAGCCCUCGUUGAGAAAGAAACUCGGCGCCUUUGUUCGCGGGAGCGCUGAUUUACCGGCGGCGAUAAAUCGGGGACUACAACCGAUACGGAGGAGCUUGAGCUUCAGCAAUUCACUCAACCGGAGUCACGAGAAGAAACCCCACAGGGCGAGGAGCGCCCAAUGGUACAACAGUUUGGGAUCUCUCGCUGAAGACGACUCCAAGGAUGACGACAAUGAGAGAGACAGUGUCUACGAGGAACUGGUUUUUGCACAGAAUCCCGUUAUCAUGCGAGCUCUCAGCUUUGUGGAAAAUCCAGCAGAAACUGCUGCGAGAAGGAGAACUACCCCGAAUGUUGAGAGCCCUUACGGGAGACAUAGUGUGGACUAUGAAUCCUCCAUAGAUUUCAACACACCGCCUUUUGAGGCGUGCAGUCUUCCAGUACUGACACAUUCAGCCAUAGACGAAGAUGAGACUGAUUCCACGCGGGCUUGCAGAAGGGAGAAGCGGGGUUGGCGGGAAUGGAGCAUCCUGAGAGCCAGUGCGAGAAAUUCCCUCCUCCGGUUGGGCACAUCCACCUCCAAAGAGCGUCCACACUGUUCGGUUCGCUCAAGAUCCUUGAGCCAACUUGACAUGUUGGAUGCCGGUGAGCAUCCGCUGCCAAGCGGCACCACCCACCAGCCACCCCAACCGCACCAACUGUCCCACAAUCGUCACCAGAAUCCCCAUCAUCAUCAGCUGUAUUCACCAAAUCCCACGGACUGCAGUCCACGUCUCCUCGUACCAAGUGCAACAUCCAUCACCGAUUCGUCUCACACAUCCUCACGCAAUCGUCACAAACUCUCCCGCUCCCAGGUAUCCAGCAGUGAAUAUUUCAGUGUCAGUUUCGAAGUUGGGGAUGAAACCGGUUCGUUGGAGCGAGAGGAGUUUCUACCGGCUACAAAGGGACAGUAUUUGGUAGAGACACUUGGAACCGCCUGCGAACGUCGUGGUCUCGAUCUGUCGAAGGUCGACGUCUACCUGGAUGCUUUCUCAACGCCUCUGCCAAUUUUAACUACCGAAACUUCGUGCCUGGGUGGCAGACAUCUGCGAGUAACCGCCAAGGAUGAAAAAAAUUCUUCACGCACUCCGAGCCAGAAGAGCAGCCAGAAUGUGUCAUUACGGAAGAGUGGAAGUUAUCGGGGUAGAAGUGGACGUUUCUUCAGCGUAUCAACCGAGGACUCGAGUAUGGAUUCAGAAAUGGGACCAGCAGUGUCACUCGUUGCUGGCAAAACUCCUGCUGGGGCUGCAGGAAUCAAAGCCAGCAAGCAACGCUGGAGUGGCUUCUUCACCAAUACCAAAGGAACAAGAAUGGAAUUGCUCGUUGAGCAGCUCAAUAGUUACACACAACACGGUGUACCACGUCUUCCAGAGAUACAACUGCCUUACGAUCACGUAUCCAACGAAGAAGAAUUGUACACACUCGAGGAGGAUUGGCGGGACUUUGUCGACAAUUGGGACCGUUUAACUGAAAAACAACAGCAACAACAAACGGCACUUUGGGAGCUAGCUCAGACGGAGAUUGCUUACAUAAGAACUCUCAAAGUUGUAACAGACUUAUUUAUGGCAUGUCUCUGCAGCCUGCAGGCGUCCAAUAUUCUGAACGAAGUUGAUAGGAAAAAGUUAUUCAGUAAUAUUCCCGAUAUUUACGCGGCAAAUCGCUACUUCUGGAGUGAACACCUGCUGGGGAUGGUGAAUGCAGCGAGAAGUUCGGGAAAGUCGUUGGAUCCGGGACAUCUUCUCCACGGAUUUGAAACGUUCGAACAAACAUUUGCACCCUACACGAGGUAUUGCUCAGAGCAGAGUAAAUGUCAACAAUAUUGCAGAGAUCGGUUGAAUGACAACGAAUUAUUUACGGCAUAUUUGGUGUGGUGUGAGACCCAAAAAGAAUGCAAUCGCCUGCGUCUCCUGGACAUUCUCGUGAAGCCCAUGCAGCGGCUAACGAAGUACUCUCUCCUUCUCAAGGCCGUCCAUAAAAACACCGAGGACGAGGACCAGCGCAGCGAGUUAAUUCUCAUGAUAAAAUGCGUGGAUAAUUUUGUUGCAUCCGUUAAUGCUGCACUACGUAGAAGCGAGGAAACAGCACGACUAGUCAGUGCAGCCACUCGACUCGAGUCUUAUGACGUUGUAGAGUCCAGGGAUGAGGAGCUAGAAAAAUUGAUAAAACAGCACAGUAAUCUUGAUAUAACAACAGCCCCUAUGCCAGGUUGCCCGAAGGAUGCAUUAAGAACCCUACUACGUGAAGGGGAUUUGAAAUUGCGAGAUGCAGCCACCAGCAAAAUGGAGGUGCAUGUCCUGCUCAUGACAGACAUGCUUCUGCUAUGCAAACCAUCAACGAAAAAAGCCUCAGGUAGUGGUGGCUCAGGAAGUACAGCUGGAGCUUUGAAAAUCAUCAGACAGCCUUAUGUCGUUGAUCGCAUACGCAUUUACGAGCUGAAGGAGUCGUCCAGCUUGGGUUUGGUGUAUUUAAAUGAGUACGGAGUGGCAUCAGCUGCACUUGUGCUUACCUCCAGUGAGCCGAAACUUACGAAGUCGUGGAUGGAGUCCCUGAGAAAGGCGCAACAACAAUUCGUAACGAUGAAACUCCGACCUGUGGGUGAAAUGCCGACGGUGGGGGCUGUAAGCAGGCAAGCAAGCACGUAUUUGGGUGAUGGGGACUACGAUAUUGAGGAUCCGGACGUUUUACCCAGAACACCCCGUGGGAGUAGUAGAGCAUCGCGAGUAAGCAGUUUAGCCCACAGUCACAGUGGUAGCAUGGAGAUGGAGGGAGUAUCACCAGGUGGCUCAAGCUUUCUACCAAGUUACAACGCAAGCCGAAAUGUCAGUGUUGAUGCUGAACCAAGGGCAUCAAGUGUAUCCUCGGAGGAGGGUACGGAAGUCGGAUCAGGGCAUAAUCAUCGACCGCUCCAGAUGAGUAAUUACAGACGAUCUCUACUAAGUAAAUCGCCAACUCCAAAUACCCUGAGCGUUCAAGUGCCAGCUUAUUCGUGUCUGGGCCAGUCUUUGCCAAACUUGACACUUGCAACAUCGCCGCAAACGUCCACGGUAUCGCCAACACCACCAAAUUCUCUCCUCAUUGUACCCCAAAUCACGAAGAGCAAGGAUACACUACUAUCACCGGGUCAUCGAGGAAUUUCCUAUCCACCCCCAUCACCACCGAGGGGUGCACUGAGACGAACGUUCGCAGUACCGCAAUCGAGAAAUCCACCACUGAUAAAAACUCGGCAUAUCAAUGCAUCGGUAGCACAGGGGACUAUUCAAUCGACGAUGAGCCUGGAUACAGAGGCCAUCGAGGAGCGACGGAGGAGACUGGAAUUGGUUGCACGCACUCCCUCGAUUACCAGCAACGUUAAGGAAGUGAGAGGGAACGAGGAAAAUCGAUGAAACUCAUUUUCACCUCUGCCAGAGGGAUUAUUGAAAUUGAAUUGAUAAUGGAGAAGGGGUACCCACCCCCGUCACCGACGCUGCAAUCGGACGGGAUUUUUUUUGUUGAAAAUGCCCAUCUACUGCGUGCAAUUGCUGCACACACUUGCACGCAACAACCGGCAUUUCAAAGAGUAUUUUGCAUAAAUUGGUAUAAAAAAUUGAGCGAAAAAGAAGGAAAAUUGGAAAUUACGGAAUUGUUUUGUACGACCACUUGUAAACCUUCGAAUGUUGGCGUAUGUCUUCACAAUCGAAUGGGGCCAUUUCAAUUUCAACGUGAACAUGUUUCCGACCACAGUUUGAUAGUUUAUUGUACUCUAGCGACAUACUAACGUACUUUUUAUCACUCGUUUUUGGUUCUGUUCGACGCACACUAAAUGGGAAAAAAAAUUUUUGAAACUGCGUCUUUACACGAAUUCGAGUGUCUUGGGCCAUUGGUUUUUAGGUGUUUAAGCAGGAUAAAAAUGGGCCUACGUAGGAUUAAUUUAAUCGAUUAAUGAUAAAUUAUAUGUUAGAAAGAUUCAGUAAUAAAAGUUGAUAAAAAUAAUUUAUGUCAAUGUAGAUAAUGACGUUUCGGCUUUUAGGGAUGACUGUGACUGUUAGUUAUCGAUCAAUUUUAAAUAAUCCAUAAGAUUUAAGUACAAAUUCUCAUCGUUUCAAUGACUGAAUGAGGGGAGACAACACUUAAGACAAAAAAAAAAGUAGAUAAAUCUUGAGACAGAACAGAGUUAUCUUUUUUCAUCACAAUUUUUUAAAUAAGAGAGAUAUUCAACUAAUUUUUUCGCUCCUUGCUGCUUGCAUCAAGCUACACAGAUAUCUAAAAAUACCAAAUGAUAGACUCUAAGACACAAUAAGGCCUAAUUAUGUAAAUUAAGACUAUGGAGAAACAAUAAAUGAAAAUGCAUUAUUUAUAAUUAAA